AUUACUGUCAAUCAACGCAGACGACGACAAAAAUCCAGAUUUCUCGUUUCAAACGUCAAAAAUGACUUCGAGUUCGCGUAUCGUGGACCCCAGCACUACCACUCUCACAAAAUUCAUCUUUGCUGAAGAAAAUCGCAUUUGGCAAGCCACUGGUGAACUCACAAGACUCCUCAACUCGAUUCAAAUGGCUACGAAGUCAGUCAGUGCUUUAGUUAGGAGAGGCGGAGUGUCACAUUUUUUCGCCUCAAAUGAUAAAAGUAAAGAAACGAAAAAACUACAAACGAUAGCUAACGAAGUCUUCAUCAACAUGCUCACAUCGUCGUAUUCUGUCGGUGUGAUACUCUCACAAGAUAAUUCAAAGCCUUUGGAAAUUGAUAGGGACCAUAAAGGCAAGUAUAUUGUUACUAUUGACCCUCUGGAUGGUUUUUCCAACGCUGAUUGUAACAUUGCUCUUGGUUCCAUUUUCAUGGUAAUGGAUAAAGGCGAUGAUAAUAUACCAACAGCUCAAGAUGUCUUGUUUGAGGAUAAUCAAAUCACUGCAGCAGGAUAUGCUUUAUACGGAAGUGCCACAACUUUAGUUUUGUCAACGGGAGAAGGAGUUAACACAUUUAUCCUUGAUACAGAAAUCGGGGAGUACGUAAUGAUGGAAUAUAAUUUAAAAAUCCCGAAAAAAGGCAACACAUAUUCCAUCAAUGAAGGUUAUGCUUCCUACUGGGAAGAUAUAGUGAGGAGUUACGUGCACUCGAAAAAAUAUCCCUCAUCGGGAAAACCCUACACUGGAAGAUACGUCGGUUCGAUGGUUGCAGAUGUCCACAGGACUCUAAGACACGGAGGGAUUUUUAUGUAUCCAGAAACUAAGGAGCAUCCUCAUGGCAAAUUGAGGUUGUUGUACGAAUGCAAACCCAUGGCUUUUAUCGUGGAACAAGCUGGAGGGCUUGCUACAAACGGGUGUGAAAGCAUUUUGGAGAUCAAACCGACUGAACUGCAUGAGAGAACGCCACUUUUUUUGGGCUCAAAAAGCGAUGUGCAGGAGUUUCUUGGGCUAGCUUCAAGGCGGAGCUCUAGAAGUCUUCAUUGAAUUGUUUUGAAGCUUUUAAUGUAUUGUGUUAAGAAUUUUUUUUAAAUAAAGUUGCUUCA